CGGCUGGUCUGUUUCGUAUUGAUCAAUCCACCAUUUUCCAACACACAGCGGCGGCAGCGCUAACACAGCAGCUCUCCCCGGCAGCGCGAGAGAAGAGAGAGCCACCCCUCUCUACCUGGAGAGGAAGCCAGGGACCGGGGGCAGUCAUGGCAGCCAACAUGUACCGGGUUGGAGAUUAUGUUUAUUUUGAGAACUCGUCCAGUAACCCACUGCUGAUCAGGAGGAUAGAGGAGUUGAACAAGACAGCCAAUGGGAACGUGGAGGCCAAAGUGGUGUGUUUUUACCGGCGCAGGGACAUCUCCGGCACACUCAUCGCCCUGGCAGACAAACACGCAAGGGAGCUGGAGGAGGAGAUGGAGAAUCCAGAGAUGGCGGACCUCCCGGAGAAACAGAAACACCAGCUCAGACACAGAGAGCUCUUCUUGUCCCGCCAACUGGAGUCUUUACCCGCCACACACAUCAGGGGGAAGUGCUGCGUGACUCUGCUCAACGAGACGGAAGCCCUGAAGUCUUACCUGGAGAGAGAGGAUUCCUUUUUCUACUCGCUGGUUUACGACCCUCAGCAAAAGACGCUGCUGGCCGAUAAGGGCGAGAUCCGCGUUGGGAACAAGUACCAGGCCGACAUCACCGACCUCAUGAAAGAAGACGAGGAAGACGGCCGAGACUUGGAGAAACUAGAGGAGAAGAUCUUUGACCCCAACAGCUCGCUGACGGAGAAACAGAUCGACCAGUUCUUAGUCGUCGCUCGGUCAGUAGGUACAUUCGCCAGAGCCUUGGACUGCAGUAGUUCUGUCCGGCAGCCCAGUCUGCACAUGAGCGCUGCCGCGGCCUCCAGAGACAUCACCUUGUUUCACGCCAUGGACACCCUCCACGCCACGGGCUACGACAUGACCCGAGCCAUCGCGGCGCUGGUGCCUCAGGGUGGGCCCGUCCUCUGCAGGGACGAGAUGGAGGAGUGGAGCGCCUCGGAGGCCAACCUGUUCGAGGAGGCGCUGGAGAAAUACGGCAAAGACUUCACGGACAUCCAGCAGGAUUUUCUGCCGUGGAAGUCCCUGACGAGUAUUAUUGAGUAUUACUACAUGUGGAAGACCACAGACAGAUAUGUACAGCAGAAACGAUUAAAAGCAGCCGAGGCAGAAAGCAAGUUGAAGCAGGUCUACAUCCCCAACUAUAACAAGCCAAACCCCAACCAGCUGAGUAACAACGUAAAACCAGCUCUGGUGAAUGGAGCGGCGGUCGCGGGGACCCCGGGGAUCACGGGGAUCCCAGGUGUCCAAGGCGGCGUUCCAGGUGUCCAAGGAGGCGGCGUUCCAGGUGUCCAAGGAGGCGGCGUUCCAGGUGUCCAAGGAGGCGGCGUCCCAGUUCUCCAAGGAGGUGGCGUCCCAGUUCUCCAAGGAGGUGGCGUCCCAGUUCUCCAAGGAGGCGGCGUCCCAGUUCUCCAAGGAGGCGGCGUCCCAGUUCUCCAAGGAGGCGGCGUCCCCGGUCUCCAGGGCGGCGUCCCAGGGAUCCAAGGCGUCCAAGGCGUCCCAGGUGUUCCAGGGCUCCUAGGGGUCCCAGGCAUCCCAGGGGUCCCAGGCGCCCCGGGCUCCGCGCAGAUCCCUGGCCUCGGAAGAGCCUGUGAAAGCUGCUACACCAGCAGCUCCUACCAGUGGUACUCAUGGGGACCUCCGAACAUGCAAUGUCGCCUGUGCGCUUCAUGCUGGACCUACUGGAAGAAGUACGGCGGGCUGAAGAUGCCCACAAGGUUGGAUGGAGAGAGGCCGGGACCCAACCGCAACAGCCUGAGCCCCCACGGCCUGCCCCUGAGGCACGGCGGCAGCCCCAAAUUCGCAGUGAAGACGAGACAGGCCUUCUUCCUGCAGACCACCGGCCUGACGAUGAUGGCGCGCCGCCUCUGCUAUGACAUCAUCCGGCCGCGAUAUCUAGCCAGGCACCCCUACCUCCCCGUCAACACAGCCGCCAUAAAGGCCGAGUGUGCCCUGCGGUCGCCAGAAGGGCCGAAAAAGCCUUCGCCACUGAAACCCGUGGAACGUAAACCUCUGGAGUCUGUGGUUCGGUAUUUAGAAGCACACCCCCGUCCAGCCAAACCCGGCCCGCUGCCUCGCGGCGCGUCCAUCUCUUCAGCCAGCCUGACGCCCAUCAAGUCCUCCCCCAUCCUCAACAACGGCUCCCCCACCAUCCUGGGCAAGCGCAGCUACGAACAGCACAACGGACUGGACGGCUCUAAAUCCAAAAUCCUGGCCCCGCAGUGGGACAUCAUGGCCAAGCGUCUGAGCGAAGCCGGCCGUCCCUCGGUCUCCAUGCAGGACGAGGUGCACGAACUCGACUGAGCGCUCUGUGGGGACGACCUCUAACGACGAACCCCAGUGAGUGUGACGGGAAAACGGAAAAAAAGGCCCUUUUUUUUCCCCCAACCAACUGCAGCCGAGGGCGGGCCCGUGGGUGACGACGCCAUUGGUCACCCCUUUUUUUUUUUUUUUUUUUUUGCUCGCGUCAGUUUUGGGGGUCCGUCGCGCUGCUGAAGACCGAUCGAUGAGUCGAACGCUUUCGGCCGCGGUCGACGAGAAAGACGGGGAAGCCUGACUGUACAGGACUGUGUUUAUUAACUUACAUUUCUCGUUUAUUACCGUCAUUGUAAUUAUCGUUAUUUGUUAUUAUAAUUUUUUUUACCAACUAUAACUCCCCCCCUGCCCCCACCCCCACCCCCCCGCUUUAUUGUUUGUCGAUCAAACGAUGGAACUCGUGAGGUUUCAUGAAAUAAACCAAAAACCCGGCUUUUUGCAGAGAGCCCCCCCCCCCGUGGGAAAAGGGGCGGAAGGACUGUAACAUAAGCCACUUGCAUCAUCUUGUCUUUUUUUUUUUUUUUAACAAAUUAAAUUCAUCAAGGAGACCGACUUCUAUUUCAGCGCCACGAGUUUAACAUCCUUGUGUUUUUUUUUGUUUCGAUGAAUUUGAAUGCUUUAUGGGGAAAUCUUCUGUUUUUUGUGAGCCAGCCCCCCCCCCCCCCCUCCCCCCCACCCGAGAGAGGUUUAACUUAUUGAGAAAGACUUGCUGUUUUUUCUACCUUUUUCACAAGUAAUGCAUCAAUGCUUAGAUAAUGUAAUUAAAAAAAAGAAGAGAAUUGAUAUUAUUUUUUUCCCCUCUUCUGUUGGUGUCUGUGCACAGAGGUGAGAGGUUGGUUUUCUUACUCACACAGGUAUGCAAAACGGGGUAUAUGCAAAAAUUCCAUUCCAAAUAUUGAUUUAAAUGUUUAUGAACCUUUUUAAAAAAAAAGAAAGAAAAAAAAAAGAGCAGUAUUUGAAGACGUUUAGAUGGACAAACACAGCCAUGUUUUUUGUAAGCAACCGUAAAAAAGAAGAAGAAAAAAAACACCAAAAAUCAAGAAUUGUGUUCUUGCUUUUCAUGUCCGGUCAUUUUGUCGAUUUUGUGUUUAUCUUUUUAUUUUAUUUUUAUUUUAUGUUCAGUAGAAGCUUGUCUUGAUAUAAACAUCAGUCAUAGGUCGGUACAAGAAAAAUA